AUGGACCGCCCCUCCGGAGGUUGGUUUAAGCUUAAUUUUGAUGGGUCUAAAUUGUCUGAUGGGAAGGCUUCUUUUGGGUUUGUUAUUCGUAACCACGAGGGUGAUGUGCAGCUUUCGGGUUCAAUGCCUCUCUCGGGUGGGUGCUCUAUUCUCACAUCAGAAGCUUGGGGGCUUCGGGAAGGUCUCCGGGCAGCUAAGUUUCUUGGUAUUUCUUCGUUAGCCAUUGAACGUGAUAACUUGGUUGUUAUUAAUUCUAUCCGGCAAUGUUGGAAGAUUCCUUGGGAAAUUUCUUCUUUGAUUAAAGAUUCGGCUGCGGAAAUUCAGAAGUUUCAUGUCGUCUCUAUUGAUCAUUGUUUUAGGGAAGCUAAUCAACCGGCGAUUUUAUGGCCCAUCAUGGGCAUGAGUUUUCUACGCUUGUGUAUUGUUUUUCUUCUUCUAACAUUGUCUUUUCUUCCAUCAUCUGUAAGGAUGCUGUAG